AUGGCUGUUUCGCAGUGCUUAGCAGGAGCUCUAAAAUCUAAUGUUUUCUUUGGAAGUUUACUCAGGGAAGGGAAGGAAAUCACCUCAGGAAAAGGGGGCCCGUCGGGGCAGACACGGACCACCGCCAACCUCGGCCUCUCACUCGCCCGCCACGCCUUCUCCGUCGCGCCUUUUGACGCUGACCUCGGCCUCCGCAAACCUCACCUCCUCCUCGGCAUCGAGUCCGGCGUAACUUUCACCGCCUCGACGCCCUAAGCGGCCUUCUCUGCCUUCGACAGGCCCUCGUCCCGCGACCAACGCCUUUCCCUCUUCGUUUCUUCCCUCCUCUGCGUCACCAAGCCCCGCUCCAAGCUUCCCCUCAAUUUCGGCACCAACUCCCUCCUCUGGAUCGUCGACGCCCUUAAAGACCGCGACUUUAUCCUCAUUGACUGCCCCGCCGGAAUCGACGCCGGGUUCAUCACCGCCAUCGCCCCCGCCAACGAGGCUGUAGUCGUGACGACCCCCGAUAUCACCGCCCUCAGAGAUGCUGAUCGGGUCAUUGGACUGCUCGAGUGCGACGGGAUCAAGGACAUCAAGAUGAUCGUGAACCGGGUUCGGACUGAUCUGAUCAAGGAUGAGGAUAUGAUGUCUGUGCUUGAUGUGCAAGAGAUGCUGGGGCUUGAAUUGCUUGGAGUUGUGCCGGAGGAUGCUGAGGUGAUUAGGAGUACAAAUCGGGGGUUUCCCUUGGUGUUGAAUAGGCCGCCUAGCUUGGCGGGGAUUGCGUUUGAGCAGGCGGCGUGGAGGUUGGUCGAGAGGGAUAGUAUGAAGGCCGUGAUGGUGGAGGAGGAGCCCAAGAAGAAAGGGUGGUUCUCCUUCUUUGGCGUGUAGAUGCAAUGGAGUUUUCUUUAUUGUGGGGAAAGUGUAUAGAGGUACCUACUAUCCGGAUUUCAUGAAGCAAGCAAGGUGAGUGCUUUUGAUUUGAAUGCUUUUUUUUGGGUGAAUGUCUUGAUGUGAAUGGUAUUUGCAAAGGGCUAAGAUGUAUUCUUUGUGGGUGAAUAAAUUCUGAGUCAUGUUAGCUGUGCCUAGUGUUUUUGGACUUGUUUACGACAGUGAAAUUGAUUUGGUUGAUGCUCUUGCAGAUGGAUUCUCUUUUA